GAUCAAGGUCUGCAAAGAAAGCGAAAAAAUUACCAAAAAAAGCAGUCCUUAUACUAUCUAACUGGCUGUACAGAAAUUGCUCAAACCCGUACCCGAAUGAUCUGGAAAAAGCCAAGAUGAUGGAGGAAACUAGCUUAACCCGUCAACAGGUAUGUAACCUGAUCCCAUUCUAUACCUGGGAUGCCGUUAGACAGCCUGAACCUUCUAUAGGAAUAGUAAAGUUAGUGUUCCAUUGUGAUUUGUCUACUAUUAAAUCUCUCACUGAUACUUUCAGAACUGGUCUUUAUAAAUCAUAUAUGCUGUGAAACAUAAGCUGGUCCGGUCAUGGCUGUAUUUUGGCACUGCAGUUGUUGCCAUCUGUUUCCCAUAAUACUUAGCUAUCUUUGCUAUGCAUCAUGGGAAAUGUGGUCCACAACAACUACAGUAUCAAGAAUCAAAGUUCUACAUGUAUAUAGAAAAUGUCUAAGAAAAACAAUUAGAGGAGGACUUGGCAGAGAGGGGUUAACAUAUGAGAUUCUCCUAUAAUAACAAUAUUAUUCAGCCCUGCUUGCAAAUGAACUGCUCUAGAGGAUAAUUUCCAUUCAGCAAAACUAAAAGCAGAUGCACAAUGUUCAGAAUUUAUAAAAAUUAAAAAAGAAAAAGGGACACACUAUUGUAGUCAACUGACGACAUGAGAAACACAAACAGGGUAGAUGUAUUUCUUUAUGUAUUUUUGAAUGUAUGAAUCAAACAUCCUUGAUUGUUACUGUACAGAAAAUACUCAUGAUUGUUAAGGUCUAAAUAACAAUGUAUGUACCAACUGCCAUUGUGAAGAUAUCUGUAAUUGCUACUGUAAUGUAUAUUUGAAAAAAUAAACAUAACAUUAAAAAUAAGAUAGCACAAUAAUGUUUGUAUAAUGUUAUAAAAGAAUGACUGGAUAUGUGGAGGGUUUUGAAGUAUCUUACGUUAGAUAAUGAAAGUUUGGAGAUAUAUAUAUAUAUUAUUAUUUUUUUUAAUUUAUAUUCAUUCACAAUGAUAGACCCCUUUAUCCUCUCUGUUUGCAGAUAGAUGACUGGUUCAUAAACGCCAGGCGUAGGUCUUUGCUGAAGAUACGACAGGAAAAAGGUCUCCCCCCACCCAGAUUCAAAGGGGGAAAGAAAAAUGUCAUGCCUGCACCCACCCUUCCUUUCACCAGCAUGGUUGCUACGGUGUCCAUGCAGGUUAGGAGCCCUCCUGAAGUUCCAAGCCAGCAUCCUGAAGUUCAAAGCCAGCCUUCUGCAGAUGAAAUAAAUCCGAUUAAUUGUGAGGACAGAAUGAGAAGGUUCCAG